AAUGGUUCUUUAAAUUCCCUAGUAUCCUGGAUAUACUUAUUUCCAAAACAAAAUAUAAUUUUGCCAAAAGGAGCAUAGCCGCCUUUCAUUGUUCCUGUGAAAAUGUUUCUUUCACUUAUUUUUCUUUGGAUGCCUGUGCUGAUAUUCUCGGCCACUGCAGCUGAAUUUAAAACCCAUUUAUGUGAACUUAACACCACCAGCCAUAUAAACAACACGAUUUUCUAUUCAAAUCUUAUCCAAGUCCUUGACUCACUUGCUUUAGAUACCUUUGUCAGUGAUAAACAAUUCUUAUACAACAGUACGGGAAUUCAACCGAACAUAGCCUAUGGUCUCUAUCUUUGUCGGGCUGAUGUUCUCCCGAAUGAUUGUCGUAACUGUUUGCUUAAAGCCCGUGAAGAUAUCAACAAAUCAUGCUUUUUGUCAAAAGCCGCGGUGUCGUGGAGCGACAACUGCAUGUUACGUUAUGCCAAUUAUUCAAUGGUCUCGGUGAUGAACUCUGCCACUUUUGUCCCCGAGUGCAACAAAGUUAAUAUUUCGGAUCAAACUCGAUUUUGGCAUGUUGCUACUAAUUUUAUGGGUCAAUUAGCAACCCAUGUGUUAAAUGAUCCGGAGGUGAAGCAUGCAUAUGAUGAAUUACCGUACAAUGAUGGAAAGAUUUAUGGAUAUGUGCAGUGCACACCGGAUUUAUCAGGUUCUGAUUGUAAUAAAUGUCUACAAACUAACAUAGAUCGUUUGUCACAGUAUUGUUAUGGAAAAGAAGGAGCAAGAGUGUUGGCCGCAAGUUGUGACGUUAGAUUUGAGAUCUAUAAGUUCUUACAAUUUCCGGUAGCCUCAUCACAAAAACAAGAUGCAGGGAAAAAGAAAAUUCCAUCAAAAAUAAUUGCAGGAAUAGCUGCAGUUGGUUUCCUUGUGGUCGCUACGGCCAUAUGCUUUUUGUUCUUUGUCCAGAAACGGUUUCGUCCCAAUACAAGUUGUCAUGAGUUAAAGGAUGAAACUGAUGAAACUGAAAUAAUGACUGAGCAAUCUUUACAAUUCGAAUUGGACACAAUUUUAGAAGCCACAAACAAUUUCUCAAUAGAGAAUAAAGUAGGAGAAGGUGGGUUUGGUGUAGUAUACAAGGGAAUUCUUCCUAAUGGGCUAGAAAUAGCUGUGAAGAGGCUAUCCAAAAGUUCGGGACAAGGCUCAUUGGAGUUCAAGAAUGAGGUUGUAUUACUAGCCAAACUUCAACACAGAAAUCUCGUCAGACUUUUGGGAUUUUGCCUUCAUGCGGAGGAGAAGAUCCUGAUUUAUGAAUAUGUUGCUAACCAUAGUCUUGACUUCUUUCUAUUCGGUCCUACAAAGGAUGUGAAAUUGGAUUGGUCAUCACGUUAUAGAAUAAUUGGAGGAAUUGCUAGAGGGAUGUUGUACCUACAUGAGGAUUCCAGAUUGAGAAUUAUACAUCGGGACCUCAAAGCGAGCAAUGUAUUGUUAGACGAGGAAAUGAAUCCAAAAAUUUCUGAUUUUGGUAUGGCUAGGAUUGUUUGCGGAAGUCAAACACAAGCGAUGACAAAUAGGAUUGUUGGAACUUUUGGAUACAUGUCACCAGAGUAUGCGAUGCAUGGCCACUUCUCUGUGAAAUCAGAUGUAUUCAGUUUUGGCGUAUUGGUUCUUGAGAUAAUUAGUGGAAAGAGAAACACUCGCAUCUUUGAAUCUGGUUACACGGACCUUCUAUGCUAUGCCUGGAGUAAAUGGAAGAAUGCAGAAGCAAUGGAGAUCCUAGACUCAAAUAUGGUUGACUCUAGCUUAGAAAAUGAAGCAUUGCGUUGUAUCAAUAUAGCCUUAUUGUGUGUUCAAGAAGAUGACGAAUUAAGACCUUCAAUGGCUUCCGUAGUCCUCAUGCUCAAUAGUUACUCGAUUGCAUUAUCAGUCCCUCAAAAUCCUCCUUUUGUGUCCCGGAAAAGAGUAAAAUAUACAUCAGAUUUGCUGGAAUCAGAUAACAGUGUAUGCACUGUUUGGCAUACUGACGCUACGGCUAUUACGGAUGUAGAUCCUCGGUAAACAUACACGAAUAAUGUUGGCACACAUGAAAUAUAUCUGUUGAAAUUAUAGAGGUUCUGUGAGAUGAGCCACAAAUCUUGUUAUCUUUUUAAUCAGAAUGUUGUUCCUUA